UAUAAAAGAAGCCAUUCAAAGAGUGCUGACCGCAUGUUGGAAGAUAAAUUUUUAGCCGCUGAGAAACCUUCUUAUAAAGGUUUAUUCCAGCUGCGGCGAUUACUUUACGAUGGAACUUUUAACACACAAUUAAGCGAGUGUGUAGGGAGUGCGUUCCAACAAGAAAUAGACUUAGACAAGUCUGUUACACUAAUUACUCCAAAAACAAGUUUAUUAGAAAGUUUUCGUGAAAAGGAGAAUCUGAUUGCGGUUAGGUAUUCCGAAAAACAUUCUGGCGAGUACUAUGUGCAUGUCAAAGAUUUUAUUGACAGGGGUGAAUUUUUGAAAUUGAUCUGUGCAUUUCCCAGUGAUACAAAGUACAAUCUGGGAGAAUGGAAAUCCUACUCCCCCGACGAGAAAAGGAAAAAAUCUGAACAGGGCGACAUCGUCGCCUUCACAUUCUGGGAGAAAAAGGUCAUAAAACUUCAUUUUAUGAACCGUAUUGUUAAGAAAGUUGAGAAUGCUGAAGUUAUACCACCUAGUGCUGUUGGAGCCACAAUAUUUGAAGAUGAGAAAAAUAAAAAAGCAAUUGGAAUGGUGACGAGAGACUCAAAUGGAGACUUAAAACCAAAACUUUUUACUACAGAAGAAAAGAGGAAAUGGACAGCAACACCACAGAAAAUAAAAACAACUGGAUCAAGCCUCUUAUUUGAAAUCCUAUGUGUUCCUUGUUCUGCAAAACUCAAAGAUAUCAGUAAUGAUAAAAAGUUGAAAUUUAAGGACAAUAUAUAUUCACAUGCAGAAGAUUUUAUAAAUACUAAAGAAAUAUUCCCCUUGUUUUCAGAUAUUUCAUAUCUAACUGGAAAUGGUGAGACGACACAACCUACUGAAACAGAUGAAGAACAACCUAGUACUUCUUGUGAAACAGAUUGGGGAAAACCAAUUCAAGACAACAUGCCACAUACACAGCAAGCCUAUCAAGCAAGACACAAGCAAGACACAAGCUACACAGCAAAAGGUUCGGGAAUAUGUCUACGCCAACAGCCCCUGAAACACACUGUAGAACUCAUUUCUCUAAUAAAAAUAAAUCUUGACACCGAAAGUCACUUUGGUGGUGAUUAUAAAAGUCUGGCAGGAGCGUUUCGUUAUAGCUCUGAAAAGAUUAAUUACUUAAAAUCCUUACAAGGUAUACAAUCGCCAACGGAAGUGCUAUUGAAAGCCAAGGGACACAUUACUGUUGGAAAGCUAAUGGAAAAACUGGAACAAAUUGAGAAUAUAGCUGCUUUAGACGAGGUAAAGACAUGGCUUAAAAAAGAGUGCGAAUGUGAUAUUUGUAAAGUAGAAUAGAAAAGUUAACCCUUUAUUUUAAUUAAAGCAGCAUGUAUAGGAAAGCAUGGGGUAGCAAAAUAGAACCCCUUAUUUCAGCCAACAAACAUAUAAAGUGACAAUAGAAUAGCAACGUUGAACCCUCCUAUUUUACAGCCAACAUAGAUAGUGUAAAACACUAGAAUAGAUUCCGUUUUACCUCAAGGCCAACAUAUAUAACGAGGUAGAGGCAUAAGCAAAUAAGAACCGUUCCUGCUAAUAAAAGCAAUGGGGGGCAAUAGAUAGCCUCCAAGCUACAGGCAAAGCUUUUGCCCAGAAAGAAGAAGAAAAACCACAAGGCUAUUAGGAAAUCCUGGAUUUUCCAGUGUUUGGUAUUUCACCACAGAAAGCACGUGUAGCUAAUUUUAUUUACACUUUUAUUUACACACGUUUAGAAAUACCGGUAGAGAAGACUAGGCGAUGGACUUGGUUUUCUAUUCUUUGAUCUCGGUUUUCUAUUGGUUAAUAGCUUUAUAGAAAAGCAAUUCGUUUUCUGUUUUGUAUUACAUCAAAAACAACUUUUGGUCAAAUUUAGAAUGGGUGAGGAAUUCUUUCCUUUUCGUGAUUAAAAACGCUUUCAUCUCAACCACCCUUUUGGGUGAAAAAUAUUAGUUUUAAUGUUUUCAUCAUGUGCACGAUUAUAAAAAGGAGUUGUUUUCAAAACUCCCUGAUUAUGAAAACAUAUUAAUGGCAACAAAUGCCGUAUGGACGUGGUUUGUCGUAAUUGUCCAAUUUCCUAGCAAUUUGAGCUGAGACCUCCUUUUUAGGAGAAAUCUAUUUAAUUAAUGUGAAAAAAAAACAGGUCGCUCAGUAUCUUGCAUACAAAAAGGGAAGCGUGUUCAGCUAGGCUUAGAUACAUAAUUCAGUUUUUUUUUAGGAUUUUAAGUAAAAAAAAUCUAAAGAUUUUAAAUUAAUUUGAGGAUUUUAAGAAAAUUAUUUAGGGUUUUGGGAAUUUUACGAAAAAUUCCUACCAAAUAACUGCCGAUUUUCGAUAGAAAUGUGAUUCAUUCCACUGAACCGAUCGUCAAUAACUCUGUCUAAUAACCUUGCUUGGCUAUUCAGUCACUGUCACACAAAAAGUACCGGUCAGCGGUUUACAACAAGACAAUGAACUCGUCACAUCAGUUACAAGUCACUAUUUAGAAGUUAGUUUAGUUUGUAAAACAUGUGUAAAUCGUGAAAAGUUAUUUCUUUUGAUGUGAAUAAUGCUGAAUUGCGCAUUUAUACAUAAACAAUAAAUACAAAAACAAGA